AAAACCGAUCAGCCCCACGCCGCCGGGGUCUUAUAUUCCGGUGAAAUUCCUACCGUCUCCGACCAUAUAUAUUUUCUACUUAACAUAUAAAUCCAAAAUUAAGUUUCCUGUUAGAUUCACCGGGAAAAGUAGUUUACCGGUGGACACACUGGGAAGGGGGACGUUCGCAUGAUGGGAUUUUGUAUAUGUCCGUUAGAGUCUCCGGCAAGAUUGCUCUGGAGUACUAGCUUCUUCCGCCAUAAGAUCAUGAUUUUCUAAGAGAUAAUCACCUCGGUUAUAUGCGCUUACGUAUAUAUAUCGACAGUAUUUUGCGUGAACUCUGAUCUAGGGUUCUUGAUUCUUCAGCAGUUAAAUAUAUAUACAUAUAUUUAUAUAUAGUAACCGUCGGAGAUCUCUAAUACAAAUAGUCACAGACAAUCUGAAGCUUUUUCGAUAUGGAAUCUGGUCGUCUUUUCUUCGGUUGCAACAGUAGCGACAUGCUUUUCCUCGGGAAUGGAGACAAUUAUUUUGCCGGGACGAGAAUAGGAUUCAACAUGGAGGAAGCUUCUAAGAAGAGGCCAUUUUUGAGUUCAAUCGACGACAUGUUGGAAGAAGAAUACUACGACGAACAAUCGACGGAAAAAAAGAGGCGUCUCACCCCUGAACAGGUACACAUGUUGGAGAAGAGUUUUGAGGAAGAGAACAAGCUGGAGCCGGAGAGGAAGACAGAGCUUGCAAAGAAGCUAGGAUUGCAGCCGAGACAGGUGGCUGUUUGGUUCCAGAACCGCCGUGCACGGUGGAAGACAAAGACGCUUGAAAAGGAUUACGAUCGCCUCAGAUCUUCUUAUGAUACCCUCACAACCGACUUUGACUCCAUGGUCAAGGAAAACGAAAAGCUCAAGGCUGAGGUGGUUUCCUUGACUGAGAAACUGCAGUCUAAGGAGGUGGCGGCAAUGACAGCUGGCAACGAAGAUGUUCCGGCUCCGGCGGUGGCGAAUGUGAAAGUUGAGGACCACUUUAGUACAGGCAGCGGCGGAAGUGCGGUGGUUGAUGACGUGGAUGGGCCACAGCUUGUGGACAGCAGCGGUGAUUCAUAUUUCCACCCCCAUGAUCAAUAUGCAGCAGCAGAAGAAGACGACGGCAGUGAUGACGGGAACCACUUCCCUAAUUAUCCCUUUCAGACGGCGGAUCAUGAGGUGGAGGAAGACGACUCCCUUGGCUUGUGGGUUUGGCCCUAUUAAUUACUGCAACAAUAUAUAUACAUAUUAUAUUAUGUA